AUGGCUGGAGCUGGAAUAAGUACGCCAAGUGGUAUUCCGGAUUUUAGGACACCAGGCUCGGGCCUGUAUGACAAUCUGAAGAAGUACAGGGUGCCGUACCCAGAAGCAAUUUUUGACAUUGAUUAUUUCACAUACAACCCACAACCUUUCUUCACCCUGGCUAAAGAGCUGUACCCUGGGAAAUACAAGCCUAAUUCUAUCCACUACUUUGUGCGGCUGCUACAUGAGAAGGGCUUGCUGCUGAGGUGCUAUACACAAAAUAUUGACGGCCUAGAAAGAAUGGCUGGCAUUCCUCAAAAAAAGCUAGUUGAAGCUCAUGGAACAUUCUCGUCUGCAUCAUGUCACUUGUGUUACACCCCAUUCCCAGCAAAAGAGGCUCAGGUUUGCAUAAUGAAUGACAAGUCUCCUCGUUGUAAUGUGUGUUAUGGUGUUGUUAAACCUGAUGUCGUAUUCUUUGGUGAAGACCUUCCAAAAGCAUUUGGCAAAUAUUCAAAGGACUUUCCAAGGGCAGAUCUGCUGAUUGUAAUGGGAACUUCUUUAAAGGUCGAACCUUUUGCUAACAUUGUCAAUGCGGUGCGACCCAGCGUCCCCCGUCUUCUGAUCAACAGGGAUCUUGUAGGUCCUUUUAAAAAUCAAACAAGGAAUAGUAGAGAUGUGUCAGAAUUGGGAGAUCUUUGUGACAGCAUCAGAAAGUUUGUCCGUGCACUUAACUGGCAGAAAGACAUGGAGAAGGUGAUGAGAACCCACAAAUCAUAG